ACAGCUCUUGGGGGCUCGAGGGGGAGGAGUUUGAAAGUUCCGGGGAACAAGAGGAGCGGUAUUGGGAGAGCAGCAAGCACCCCAGCCAGGAGGCAGUGGUCCUGGGAGCGACCCCUGCUCGAAGGGAGAGAUUUGAACUUGUUGGGAGGGCCCGGCUGGUCGGGCCCCAGGGGCCUGAAGGGGAGGGGCGCUUAGGGGUGCAGGAGGAGAAUUGGCUGCCCGGGGUGCAGGAGGGACAGGUGUUUCGGGCUGUCCAGGAAACCUACCUAGAAGGGAAGGGGUUCCAGGAAGCCCAAGGGCCCCCCGAGUGGCACAGGACUCGAAGGCGCAGACGGAGGAGAAGGUGGUAACUCCAGGGCAGAGGGUUCGCGAACCCGGGGAGAGUUGAAAGGCGGUGCCCGAAGAAGACAGGCUGUGGCCUGCAGGACACGCUUUUGCCACCUCCGUCUGAGCAUCAUCGAAGCCGUGUCUGCAGGGAGGCCGAGGCAGCAGAAGGCAGCAGAGGCUGGGGAGCAGCAGCAUGCAGCCGGAGGAGGGCACUGGCUGGCUGCUGGAGCUGCUGUCUGAGGUGCAGCUGCAGCAGUACUUCCUGCGGCUGCGUGACGACCUCAACGUGACCCGCUUGUCCCACUUCGAGUACGUCAAGAAUGAAGAUCUGGAGAAGAUCGGCAUGGGCCGGCCCGGCCAGCGGCGGCUGUGGGAGGCGGUGAAGAGGAGGAAGGCCAUGUGCAAGCGCAAGUCCUGGAUGAGCAAGGCUCCCCUCUGGCCCCGGGCUGCCUUCACACAGGUGUUCAGUGGGAAGCGGCUGGAGGCUGAGUUCCCUCCUCAUCACUCUCAGAGCACCUUCCGAAAAGCCUCGCCCACCCCAGGGGACCCUGCAGGGGAGGGGCGCUUGCUGAGCCUCACCUGCCUCAUCGGGGAGAAAGACCUGCACCUGUUCGAGAAGCUGGGGGACGGCUCCUUUGGCGUGGUGCGCAGGGGCGAGUGGGAUGCCCCCUCAGGGAAGACGGUGAGCGUGGCCGUGAAGUGCCUGAAGCCAGAUGUCCUGAGCCAGCCGGAGGCCAUGGACGACUUCAUCCGGGAGGUCAAUGCCAUGCACUCGCUUGACCACCGCAACCUCAUUCGCCUCUACGGGGUGGUACUCACGCCGCCCAUGAAGAUGGUGACAGAGCUGGCACCGCUGGGUUCGCUGCUGGACCGACUGCGCAAGCACCAGGGCCACUUCCUCCUGGGGACUCUGAGCCGCUACGCCGUGCAGGUGGCUGAGGGCAUGGGCUACCUAGAGUCCAAGCGCUUCAUUCACCGAGACCUGGCUGCCCGCAACCUGCUGCUGGCCACCCGGGACCUGGUCAAGAUCGGGGACUUUGGGCUGAUGCGCGCCCUGCCCCAGAAUGACGACCACUACGUCAUGCAGGAGCACCGCAAGGUGCCCUUCGCCUGGUGUGCACCUGAGAGCCUGAAGACACGCACCUUCUCCCAUGCCAGCGACACCUGGAUGUUUGGGGUGACGCUGUGGGAGAUGUUCACCUAUGGCCAGGAGCCCUGGAUCGGCCUCAAUGGCAGUCAGAUCCUGCAUAAGAUCGAUAAGGAGGGUGAGCGCCUGCCCCGGCCUGAGGACUGUCCGCAGGACAUCUACAACGUCAUGGCCCAGUGCUGGGCUCACAAGCCAGAGGACCGGCCCACCUUCGUAGCCCUUCGGGACUUCCUCCUGGAGGCCCAGCCCACAGACAUGCGGGCCCUUCAGGACUUCGAGGAGGUGGACAAGCUGCACAUCCAGAUGAAUGACGUCAUCACCGUCAUCGAGGGAAGGGCUGAGAAUUACUGGUGGCGUGGGCAGAACACACGAACACUGUGUGUGGGGCCCUUCCCUCGCAACGUGGUGACCUCCGUGGCAGGCCUGUCAGCGCAGGACAUCAGCCAGCCGCUGCAGAACAGCUUCAUCCACACAGGGCAUGGGGACAGCGACCCCCGCCACUGCUGGGGCUUCCCAGACAAGAUUGACGAGCUGUAUCUGGGAAACCCUAUGGAUCCUCCGGACCUGCUAAGUGUGGAGCUGAGCACCUCCCGACCCACCCAGCACCUCGGAAGGGUGAAAAGGGAGCCUCCACCGCGCCCUCCUCAGCCCGCCAUCUUCACGCAGAGUAAGUGGGGCUGUGCCGGAUGCCUUGGCCCCCGACCCCUCUCUCCUCUCCUCUAUCCUCUCCUCCCAGAAGAGCCAACCUACGACCCUGUGAGCGAGGACCAAGACCCCCUGUGCAGCGACUUCAGGAGGCCAGGCCUGCGCAAACCCAGCCUGCCCCGAGGGUUGUGGCUAGGGAAGCCAUCUGCCCGGGUGCCCGGCACCAAGGCCGGCCGGGGCGGCGGGGGCGAGGUCACACUAAUUGACUUUGGAGAGGAGCCUGUGGCUCCGGCCCCACCGCCCUGUGCGCUCUCCUUGGCGCAGCUGGCCAUGGAUGCCUGCUCCCUGCUGGACAAGACCCCGCCCCAGAGCCCCACGCGGGCACUGCCCCGGCCCCUGCACCCUACGCCUGUGGUGGAUUGGGACGCGCGCCCGCUGCCCCCGCCGCCCGCCUACGACGACGUGGCCCAAGACGAAGAUGACUUUGAGGUCUGGUCCAUCAACAGCACUCUGGUGGGCACAGGGGUCUCCGCUGGGCCCAGCCAGGGCGAGACCAAUUACGCCUUCAUACCUGAGCAGGCGGGCCGACCCCCACCCCUGGAGGACAACCUGUUCCUCCCACCGCAGGGUGGGGGCAAGCCUCCCAGCUCGGCCCAGACAGCAGAGAUCUUCCAGGCCCUGCAGCAGGAGUGCCUACGGCAGCUGCAGGUGCCCCCCGGCUCGUUGGCCCCCUCACCCAGCCCACCAGGCGACGACAAACCCCAGGUGCCUCCCCGCGUGCCCAUACCCCCACGGCCCACCCGCGCACGAGGGGAGCUGUCUCCGGCGCCCUCUGUGGAGGAGGAGAUGGGGCGGUGGCCUGAGCCUGCUUCUCCUCCCCGGGUACCCCCUCGGGAGCCCCUGUCCCCACAAGGCUCCAGGACCCCUAGCCCCCUGGUACCACCUGGCAGCUCCCCGCUGCCAUUCCGCCUCUCAAGCUCACCUGGGAAGACCAUGCCAACGACUCAGAGCUUUGCCUCCGACCCCAAGUACGCCACACCCCAGGUGAUACAGGCCCCUGGCCCUCGGGCUGGCCCCUGCAUCCUGCCCAUCGUCCGAGAUGGCAAAAAGAUCAGCAACACCCACUACUACCUGCUGCCCGAGCGCCCGCCCUACCUGGAGCGGUACCAGCGCUACCUGCGGGAGGCCCAGAGUCCCGAAGAGCCGCCCCCGCUGCCUGUGCCUCUGCUGCUGCCCCCGCCCAGCACCCCGGCGCCCGCUGCCCCGACUGCCACUGUUCGACCUAUGCCUCAGGCCGCUCCAGACCCCAAAGCCAACUUCUCCGCCAACAACAGCAACCCAGGGGCUGGCCUGCCAGCCCUGAGGGCUGUUGCCCGGCUGCCACAGAGGGGCUGUCCUGGGGACGGGCCAGAGGCUGGACAGCCUGCAGACAAGAUCCAGAUGCUGCAGGCCAUGGUGCAUGGGGUCACUACUGAGGAGUGCCAGACUGCCCUACAGAGCCACGGCUGGAGUGUGCAGAGUGCCGCCCAGUAUCUGAAGGUGGAGCAGCUCUUUGGGCUGGGUCUGCGGCCGAGGGGUGAGUGCCACAAAGUGCUGGAGAUGUUCGACUGGAACCUGGAACAAGCGGGCUGCCACCUCGUAGCCUCCUGUGGCCCCACCCACCACAAGCGCUGAGUCAGUGGGCCUUCCGAAGGGAUCGCUGGAGCCCAUCCACCCGACAAGGGUGGGGUGAUGUCCCGCCCGGCCUGGAGGAUAUGUGGGCAGAAGGAGGCCAUGGCACCAGGGACCAGGAGCCCCACCUGCCGGCCCCCAGCGCCGCCUUGCACGCUUUGUGCAGCCUUGGCAUCUGCGUGCACGCGCGCGCACGCGCGCACCUCCGGGUAGGAGGGAGCCCCGUGCAGGCGGGUCUAGGGGCCGCCUCAACAGGCCCUGCUGGCAGACCCGCCUCGGGCUCCAGCACGUGGCAGUGACUAGAGUGGUGUCCCCGGCUCUGCCUGGGGAACCAGACUGAAGGGUAGCCAGGCAUGCCCCACAAAGGGAGGGUGUGUAGGCUACCGAGGAAGGAAGGAGGACCCACACCCUGCAGGCCCUCCCUAGGACGGCCCCUUCUUCAGGGUCUUGGUCAGCAUGUAGCUCAAGCCUCCUGUGGACAUGCUGUGCUGGCUGGUCUUAGUAGCAUGUGCCUGGAAGUAGCCUGAGGCGGCUCAGGGAACAGUCCAGGUGCCAGGUCACUCUGGCAGGGACCAGGGCCCCAGGCCCCAGGUUGGAAGGAGACCAAGGGGGCAGCUGCCCUGGAGGAGUACCAGGGCUUCCUCUGACCCCAGCUCUGCCCCUGCACUGUUCCCUGUUUCCACCAACCUCGUCGCCAAAGUUGCUGCCCCGGCUAUUGAUUCCCGCUUCUUCCAGAGAAUAAAACUGGUUUCUAUUUUACGUUA